GAACCACCUGAAAAUCGACUCUAGAUCACCAAAUCGGAAAACAAUUGUUGCUCCGAUAUGAUGGCUUCAAGCGAUAAAGCUCCCGACGUGAUGCCAAUGGGCGACGGAUCGGUCCCUCCGGGAAAACCCAUGACAGUGGGAGAUAAAGUUGUCGACAAAAGUGCUCAGAUCCUUCAAACUUUGAAACCCAUUAAACAAAUUAGCCAGCAUGUGUGUACCUUCUCCGUCUACAGCCAUGACAUGAGUCGACAGAUCGAGGCUCAUCAUUACAUCACUCGUCUGAAUCAAGAUUUCCUUCAGUGUGCCGUUUAUGAUUCCGAUGACCCUUCUGCUCGUCUUAUUGGGGUGGAAUACAUUGUUUCUGAUCGAAUCUUUGAUACUUUGCCUACUGAUGAACAAAAGCUGUGGCAUUCCCAUGAUCAUGAGGUUACAUCAGGAUUAUGGGUAAAUCCACGUGUUCCAGAGAUGCUUCAUAGGACCGAGCUUGAAAAUAUUGCACAUACUUAUGGAAAGUUUUGGUGUACUUGGCAAGUCGAUAGAGGUGAUAGGCUUCCACUUGGUGCACCAGCACUAAUGAUGUCGCCACAAGUAGUAAAUAUGGGGGUUGUACAGCCGGAGCUAGUCCUUGUGAGGGACAACAAAUACAAGAUAAAAACUGAUGAGCUUAGGAAAUCAAGGGCUGACAUUCCAGUAUCCAAACCUGGGAAUGCAAGAGCCUCUGAUUUCUGGAUGCAGAAUGGAAAGGGUUACGCAAUUGACAUAGAACCUGCAGAGAUGAAAAGGUUGGAAGGGCCAAAGUUCCCAUGAAUGUUCGUUUUAUUUUUGUAUUGGUUUAAUUAGAACAAGUUGAUGAUGUUAUGCCAUGCUUUUGCUUUAUAUUUCUGCUCAUGGGUCAGACGAUUAGAGGUUAAAGCAGUGUUUCCAUUUCAC